ACUGUCGGCGAGUGAAGUGGGCGAAAAAGUGACGCCGACACGCAGCGCACACAAGCCGGAGCUGAGACAGCUUGGCUGGGGGGGGGGAGAAAUAGGGGGUUUCGUUUCUUUUUUUUUUUUCCUCCUUCUUUUCUUUACUUUCUAUCCAUUUGGACUCUUUGUCGAUCCGACCUGUUGCCUUCGGCGGCUGAAAAUGACUCGCUCUUGAGUCACCACGGCGAGCCUGCGCGGCGCUGUUUUUGACAGUCAGUCCGGGGGUCGCAGUGAACCACCGCUGCCACCUCCGAGCGGCUAACAUUAGCCCCUUGACUCGAACUUUACACAACACAAGAGAGCGGAGGGGGAUUCUUCUACGCGGAGCCUCCUGCAUUCGACCCGGGGAAAAAAAAGGAAGAAUAAAAGAAAGGGCUCCCAAGCGGAAGAGCGACCAUGUUGCUGCAUUGAGGAGCAGGGAGACACGCGAGAGGCCCCAGAGGAGCGCUGAGGUGGUGGCGCCUCCUCCCCGACUGGCCGGCGAGCUGCUCCCCCUUCACUUCAUCUGAUCGCUCCCAACCUUGAAGGGUAAGGUUUACUAUGGCCUGCACUUCACCUCCUGCUGCAGUCCAGCCAAGUGCACUACCUUAGUGGCUUCUUCACUGCACCUCCUCCAGGUUUUCCCAGCCAGUGUCACUGUAAAACGUGUCCAAACGAUCUAUCACCCAGAGACACCCCUGGGUCCCGUGCCCAAGUCCCUUCGUGUCUCCCACCCUCUCCCUCUCCCAGAAGAAGAUGUCAGUUAGCCUGACACCAGACAUCCAGAAGGAGGGAGAGAGUGGGCCACUCAUCGAGCCCUGCAGUCGAGGAAAGACCUCCCCUCAGCCCCAGGGCCCCAAGGAUGGAACGGUAGAAGGUCUGGAGCCUGACGAUAGCUCCCCACAGGAUGUACAGAAACGGGCUCCCAACCAUAGUCAUGGCAGGAAAAGGGCAAAGUCUAAUGCUAAAUUGAAGCUGGUUAGGAGCCUGGCAGUGUGUGAAGAGUCUUCUGGGCUCUUCUCCAACGAUGGCCCUCCAGAAUCGGAUAUCAUCCAGCUUCAUAUCAGCUGUCCAUCAGACAAGGAAGAAGAGAAGUCCUCAAAGGAUGAGUUUGAAAAUGAAGAGAAGGAGAAGAAGGACAAGGGUCCGCGGAAGAUGUUAUCGCGUGACUCCAGUCAGGAAUACACCGACUCCACGGGUAUCGAUGUGCAUGAGUUUUUGGUCAACACACUGAAAAACAAUCCCAGGGAUCGAAUGAUGCUGCUCAAACUAGAACAAGAUAUCCUGGAGUUCAUUAAUGACGACAAUAACCAGUACAAGAAGUUUCCUCAGAUGACGUCAUAUCACCGCAUGCUGCUGCACCGCGUGGCCGCCUACUUUGGCAUGGAUCACAAUGUGGAUCAGACGGGCAAGGCGGUCAUCAUCAACAAGACGGGCAACACGCGCAUCCCUGAGCAAAGGUUCUCGGAACACAUCAAGGAUGAGCGCAGUAUGGACUUUCAGAAGAAAUUCAUUCUUAAAAGAGAUGAUGCUAGCAUGGACAAGGAUGAUAAUCAGAUCCGUGUGCCACUGCAGGACGGCCGGCGUAGCAAAUCCAUCGAGGAACGAGAGGAAGAAUAUCAGCGGGUACGAGACCGGAUCUUUGCCCGAGAAGUGUCCUUUUUUUUACAGUCCUCUCAGAAUGGAUACAUCAACGACAACAGAGGGAACCGCGAUAGCUCCAGCCGGGCGUCCAGCAGCCGUCAGAGCAGCACGGACAGUGACAUGAAAUGCUUGGACCCGCGACCCUGGAGCAGUACCGACUCUGACAGCUCCAACCGCACGCUGCGGCCUCCCGUCACCAAGGCCAGCAGCUUCUCUGGCAUCUCCAUCCUGACCCGCGGCGACAGCCUCGGCAGCAACAAAGGCUCACAGGGAAGCUGCAAAGGUUCUCGCUCCUCUUCCCAGUCCAGCCGUAGCCUGCUCCAGUGUCCGACGCAGCCGCCCCAGCCACCGCAGCCCCAGGUCCUGCCUCAGACCGCCCUGCUGCCGACCCCGCAGCAACACCCCAUGGGCAACCACAUCAUUGCUCAGCCAGUAGCAUCUCUGCAGCCCUCUCAGCCUGUCUCCUACUCCAGCCCCUCCUGCCCCCAGGUUCUCCUGCCAGUUUCUCCUCCCCAGCAGUACACAAUGGGAGAAGAACUGGCACCGCAGUUCACCCAAAUGACGCUGAGCCGCCAGGGCUCCAGCGAGAACUCUGAGCCUCCCCCCUUGUACCAGGCUCCUCCGGCUGUCCUCUCCCAGCACCCACCUCCUCAGACCAGCUACAUCAUGGCGACCACCAAUCAGCCCAUUCCUCCUCCCUCGGGCUACCAGCCUGCCGCAGGGCAUCCCCACCCUCCGCCGCCGCCGCCGCCUCCAUCGCAGGCCGUCUUGCAGGCGCCACCCCCGCAGGGCUACAUGCAGCCACCUCCGCCCCAGCAGAUACAAGUUUCAUACUACCCCCCUGGUCAAUAUCCAAGUACAGGCCAGCAGUACCGUGUGGCUCAGCCCAUUUCCCACCAGGUGUCUUACCCCGCUCAACGCACGCAGCCCAUGCCUCAGCCCGCACAACAGUCAGCUCUACAGACCAUAAUGCCCAGCCAGCAGCCCAGCUACCAGGGCAUGAUGGGGGUGCAGCAGCCGCAAAACCCUGCUCUGCUCAACUCCCAGAGAGCUGGCAUCGGAGGACAAAUGCAAAGUAUAAUGGUGCAGUAUCCACAGAUGUCAUCCUAUCAGGUCCCAGUGGCAAACGAAAGUCAGCAGGUGGUGCAGCAGCAGUACCAGCAGCAGGUGAUGGUGCCGGUCAGCCAGUCGGUCCAGGGUCCCAUGCCUGUUUACUACAGUGUUAUCACACCCACACAGCAGAACAGCACAAGCCCAUCUGUAGGCUACCUGCAGCCCCCCAGCUCUGAACAGUAUCAAAUCGCAGCAUCUCCGUCUCCCUGCAACCCUCAACAGUUACAGCAGCAAUAUUCAGGCGUCCCGCCUCCUGGUCCCGGAGUCAUGGUAAUGCAGCUCAGCGUCCCUAAUGGACCUCAGACUUCCCAAAAUCCUCCACUGGUCCAGUGGAAUCCGUGCAAGUACUACAGCAUCGAGCAGAGGCCCAGUAAGCCGGGAGAGCUCUACAAAGCUGACAACACUCCACAGCAGGCCAACACCCAGCUGACGAGUCCGCUGGCCUCCCCGACUCAGUCUCCCACCCCGUCUCCCUCCGGCAGUGUCUGUCCUGGCCUGGGACCAUUACCCCUCAUUCCCCAGUUUCCACGGCCGGCGGGGGCAGCUCCAGGUGAUGGACGCUACUCUCUAUUGGGACAGCCCCUCCAGUACAGCCUGUGCCCUCCUCAGCUCAUGCAUGGCCAGUCGUCGUACAACUCCCAUCAAGGCCAAGGCGUCAUGAAACACAGCGCGCGAGGGAAGAAGCAAACGCUCAAAUCUGCAUCCACGGAUCUCGGCACCACAGAUGUUGUGGUGAGUCGCGUGCUGGAAGUAACGGACCUGCCCGAAGGGAUUUCGCGUCCAGACGCCGAAAAGCUCUUCAACCAGCUGUCGCUGUGCGGAGCCAAGAUCCAGUGGCUGAAGGAGCCUCAGGGAGGCCGGGGAGGCUGCGGACCCGCCGGGGCCUCGGCCGUGGCGGGCGGCGGCGGCGACCCGGCCCACCUGUACACGGUGGUGGCCGUGUUCCCCAGCACCAUGGCCGCCCAGAGUGCUUCCUUCAAACUGAACAACAGCGCGGCCGGCCUCUUCAAACUGAGGGCCGCCAAAAAGAACUACGACCUGCGCGUGCUGGAGAGAGCCAGCUCACAGUGAGAGGACGGCGGACGCUUGGCGCGGCGGAGGACUGAGGUGGGUCGGGGCGAGGGACUCCUUCUUGGUGUACAAUUACAAAAAAAAAAAAAAAAAAAGAUAAACGUGUCAAAUGUAUAAAAAGGGAAGGUGUGAAUCUUGAGGUGGUCGGUGUUUGCUUUCAAGUUUGAUUUAGUCGUUGGUUUUUAUUCCUCGGUUUUUGUAUUUAUAUUAGCCGAAAGAGCACAUGGGACGACGCGAGCAUGUGUUUCACCCAUGAAAUUUGUGCUGCCGUCAUCCGAAUAAUGCAAUGUCACACACACACAACACAACACAACAACUAGGUCACGUAGCACACGAGAGGAAAACACACACUGGAGAGUCGAGACCUCAGUCAAAAAAACCUCUUCGUCCGCACCCUUCUUUGCGUCCUUCUUCCAGCGCUUUUCACGCCAUCAAUCAUCUCCUGCCACCUCGCCGAUCUACACACACACACACACACUCUAUCUCUCCGUCUCUCGAGUCCAUCUGGCCACGUUCUCAUGCUGCUCCGCACCGUUUUCUCUUUCUGUCACUCGCUCUUCUCUCGCAUUCUGUUUGCCUUACUGCUGUCGUGGGGUUCUGUAUUGCGCUCUUCUUUUUCGGGGGGAGGGAGAGGGUUCAAUAUAUUUAUAUAAGUGAUGUAAGGAAUAAAGAAAUCUAUAUAUUCAGUGAUUUUUUUUUUUUUUUUUUUUUUUUGCUUUCUUCCUUCCCCGAGUGAACAAUUUUUGGCCUUUUUGUUCUCCUUUUCCUCCCUCCUUCCCUAUUCAUCCCCCGCUCCUAUUCCCCACAUAGCACCUCUUUACUGUCCUCUCCUGCAAUGCCCGAAUGCCCCCCCCAUCACCCACAUUGUUUGCGUUUUUUUUUUUUGUUUGUUUUUGUUGUUGUUGUUGACAGCUGUGCAGAAAGUAUCAGAAAAUGUAGUUGAAGUGCACAAUGAUUGCAUAUGUCUACUGUAAAUUUUAUUUAAUCUGUUCUUUUUUUUUUUGUUUGUUUUUAAAAAUAUAAAAGGUGAAAAUUCAAAGAAGAGCUGCCUGGUGUG